AUGACCGCCAAGUCAUCAGUCUGCUCCAGGAUCGUCCAACUGCUGGGCCAGAACGAGGUGGACCAUCGCCAGAAGCAAGUGGUGAUAUUGAGCCAAGACAGCUUCUAUCGGGUCCUCACCUCGGAGCAGAAGGCUAAAGCACUCAAGGGCCAGUUCAACUUUGACCACCCAGAUGCCUUUGACAACGAGCUGAUCAUCAAAACACUGAAGGAGAUCACACAGGGGAAGACUGUCCAGAUUCCUGUCUAUGACUUUGUCUCCCAUUCCAGGAAGGAGGAGACGGUGACCGUGUACCCGGCUGACGUGGUUCUCUUUGAGGGCAUCCUGGCCUUCUACUGCCAAGAGGUCCGGGAUCUCUUCCGGAUGAAGCUGUUUGUGGACACGGAUGCAGACACCCGUCUCUCCCGCAGAGUGCUACGGGACAUCAGUGAGCGAGGCAGAGACCUUGAGCAGAUCUUGUCUCAGUACAUUACCUUCGUCAAACCAGCCUUUGAGGAAUUCUGCUUGCCAACCAAGAAGUAUGCUGAUGUGAUCAUUCCCAGGGGAGCAGAUAAUGAAGUGGCCAUCAACCUGAUCGUACAGCACAUCCAGGACAUUCUAAAUGGAGGACUCAGCAAACGUCAAACCAAUGGCUACCUGAAUGGCUACACCCCUCCACGUCAGAGGCAGCCUUCGGAGUCAAGUAGCCGGCCUCACUGACACCCCUGCCAGCUGCCUGGGGGCCAGGCUGGGGUAGACAGCAGUUGGGCAGUACUCUGCUUUUCUACAUACUGUGUCCUAUUCAUUCCCCCUUACCAUGUAUUUAAGAAACCAGAUGGAGACAAAUGCCUUGAAUUUUGUAUGUUUGGAAAAGCCGCGAGAGGAGCAUCAGGACAUCCAGGAGCCUGCACCCAGUGGGACUUGUGCUGGCUUUGCUCAAUAACCACUCCAGUACGGAACCAGCUAUAAAUAUCUAUACAUAUAGAAUUGCUCUAUUUUUGUGUAAAUGUAGAAUAAUGUAAAACUACUUGCCAUAAGGGAUUUGCCAAACUUAGUAUUGCUGAGGGUGGUGGGGAUGGGUAACAGGGAGGUGCUGGGGUGGUGAUCUGCAGCUUACUAACUAUGUGCAGAUAUGGAGGGAAUUGCCAAAGGUUUCAAAUCUAGCAACCAAGGGGUUUAGGAGUCUAGGAGCAGCCACUCUACUGCUUGGGGGUGGGAGUAAGGUUUGUCCUGGAGUGUGCUGCUGUGCUUUUGAUGUUCUGUGUGUGGUUUGCGGACAGCCUCCAAAUGCUCUUCGUGACCAGGAGAAGGGCUGGGUUGUGACUGGCAGAAAGAAUUGGGGACAGGGCCAAAGGGUGGGGGGACCCUUGGCUGAAACCUGAGGGGCUUCCCCUCCCUGUGACUCUCUUCCUUACAAGUGGUCCACAGCCUCAGGAUGCCCCUGUCUUUAUCUCUCCGUGAUGUUGCUACUCAGCCUCAGACACCCCCAUGGCAGUAGUUCUGGGGUUUGACAUGACUUGUCCCAGUAAGAAUUGAACCUACCUCAUCUACACCUGUGAGCACUGCUGGAGUAAUGAGAGUAUCGGCAAGCUCUGAGGUAUCUGUGCCAUCUGAGCAGAAGGGGCAAGAGAGCCCCACUAAGGAAGCUGCAGGUUUUGCCAUACUGUAUAGAAGGGGGCUUACUUUUUGGCUUACAAUGGCUGAGGUGGAGCCUGCUUAUAUCAUAGCUGAGGAAGGAUCCCAGCCUGCCUGGGAGGAGAGCAGUUGAAUUAGAAGUUGCAGAGCAGCCCCUCCCAGUAAGUUCUGUACAAGUAACACUAUGCCUGGGCCCUGCCAGUCCAUGGUGCUAUGUGCCAAAGUUCAGCUGGGUUCAUGGAGCCCAGCUUGUUCCUGGGUCUGAAGUGAUUAGCUGUGCCAGUGUUUUUUGGUGAGACUCAGGAGCACGCCUCUAAGAUGGGAACAUUGACGUAAUUCCAACCCUUGAAAUCCUGUACAGCUUUUACCUAAGGCUGCCAGAGCAAACCAUUAAGUAUCUUGGCUGGGAUUCUUGCCAGGUGGUCAGACUUCCUCCAAGCUCUCCCCUACUGCCUGCCUCCUUCAGUAGCCAAUACCUGUUCUCCCUGCUAAGUGUGGGCAAAACUUGGUGGCAGAAUUGGCAUCGGCCCUGCUGUUCACUCCCAGCAGUUUGGCUGUGUUUGCUUUUCACCAGUACAAGAGAGUAAAGGGACAAGAAAAGGCCCAGUUUAAGCCUAAGGGAGUUGCUGAGCUGGGGACAUUAAUAGAUAGCUUCAGAACUGGUUUGGUUGAGGUGUGAAUUAGAGUGACUUGUCUGCUUUCUCUUUUCUCAGCCCCAUGAAAAUGCUGAACUUGUACAUACCUGUUGCUUGUAACCUGCCAGGGUCCCCACAACGCUGGAUCUCAAAACCAGUGUGAUUACAGCUUCUUCCCCAGGGCUUGCUGAAAGUAACUUAGCUCCAUCCACAGUAGAGCAGGGUCAGGGUUGGAGUGCCCUUGUUCGCCAGAGGAUUUAGCAUAGGACUGAUAUGACAGUGCUGCUGCCCUGUGCUAAGUUGGCCGUGAGGCCUUGGUGUACAGGAGGAGUGAGUACCCCAACACUGGAGCCUUUGAGGACCUCUGAGGCCAAAGACGGGAGCAGUGGUUAGAGGCUUUGAGCUUUGCCCUCUUUAUGAGGUGCCUGGCAUGGGACGUGGUGGUUUCCAUGGGAGCUAUCUCUGCUUGGAGUUGUGCUUGGCGUCCUAUGCUUCAAAUCUAAUGCUUGUGGUUGGUCUACAAGAGCUACUGGCUGGUUAGGAGUUGUAGGAUCCUUUAAGGCUCCUACCCAUCAGCUCUGGCACUUAAGAGUUAAAGCAGUAAGGACUAACCUCAUUGGUCGAGGUCAAGGACUUGCUUUUACUUAAGAAGGCAGUGAAGAUAACAGGUGCCCAAGUCAACACUGCCAAGGGCAAACAUUCUCUUGCUUUCCUGUGCUUGGGGCAUAGCAACACCUUUUUCCCUUGGCAAAUGGUUUGGGAGUACAUGAUCUUGGCCACUACAGGGAGGUAGGUAGUGAUCACUGGGUCAUUCCAGUUCAGGCAGAUACUUUCCCUUGGGUAAGAGCAGGAUGCAGCCCUGCAAAGAUGUGAGACAGCUUCCAGAGGCACUCUGUCGGGUGGGGGUGGUUUAAGGUUAAGUACUGUUCUCCCCUCCCCUGUAAAUAAAGAUGGAACAAAUGGA